AAAUAAUUGUAGGCCUACUAGAACAAAUAAUAAGCAUAAAAUACUCUUUUUUCUUCUUCACGUACAAUAAACAUUAUCACAGUUUAAAGUUCUAUUUUUUUCAAAAUUUUCAACAUUUCAUUAACAAGUAGUGGUGUGAAAUAAUCAUGAAAACAUUGUUAAAAUAUAAACACGGAAUUAUAUUCGUUAUUUGUUGUUCGAUAAUUUUUCUAUUUCUAUUUAAUAACUUUAAAGUAAGUAUUCUUUUCUAUUUCUCUUUCUCUCUCUGUCUCUCUCUCUUUUUUUUUUAAAAAACAAACAAAAUACUCUUACAGAAUUCUACAAUUAAGAAAAAUCCAAGUGUUCAAUGUAAGAUUUAUAGGAAUAAUUCAGAAAUUAAUGAAAUUACUAUUGUAACUGCAUAUAUUCGUUUAAAACCUUUUCCAAAGACAUUUUUUAAUAAUACAAGAGGAGCGCCGGAUUAUUUAGUUUGGAUGAAAACUUUCUCAAAUAUUUUAAAUCCAGUAGUAGCCUUUUUUACUACUGAAGAAGAUGCCGAUAAAUUCUUAGCUAUUCGUAAUUCUAAGCGUAAAUUACCUACAAUUAUUAAAAUAACUGAUAUUAAUAGAUUAAGAUCAUUUGAAACUGUUGAAGAUGUUGAAAGUCUCUUUAAUAAACCAUAUUAUCCAAAGUAUUUACCAAAUACUUGGGACGCUUCUUACUCUUGUGCCAUGAACGCGAAAUACGAAUUUGUAAAUUGGGCAAGCGAAAUUAAUCCAUACAAAACAAGAUAUAUCGCUUGGCUGGAUAUUGGUUUAUUUCGCGAAUUGGUCAAGAUCAAUAAGUCGUUAUGUUUAGGUUUGCCAGACGAUUUCGACGAGUGUAAAGUAUCUUAUGGAGUAGUUCAUCAAGCUCAAAUGUUUGAUAAUAAGAAAAUAUUUUAUCAUAAUUUAGUUUGGGUUGCCGGAGGUUAUUUUAUAGCCAAUAGAGAAAUUAUGAAAAAUUGGAGUCAAUUUUAUAUGGAGGCUACUGGUCAUCUCCUAGCUCAAGGACUAAGUAAUACGGAUCAACAAGUUGUAUACGCAAUAAGGAAUACUUUAUAUAAAUACAACAAAACGAUUCCUAUAAAAGAGCAUUUUUGGGAUGGAUAUCGUUAUAAUCCGUGGUUUUUUUUGGCGUUUAAAAGUAGAAAAGACCCAGGAAAGUGUACUAUUAAAAACAUUUUAAACAAAGCUAUAGUAAAUUGAUAAAAACCUGUCGGAUCAUUGUGGCAAGAAUCCAAAUUGACUUGAUUAACUGUGGGUUUAAUCUUGUGGAAAAAUAAUAUAAAAACUAUAUUAAAAGGUCUAUCGUUUUCGGCGACAAA